AUGCCUCUCCCCAAGCGACAGACAUUGCCAAAGAAGGCUGAAAAGGCCGAAAGGUCUGAAAAGGCUAGUGUGCCUGCCAGUGACUCGCGAUUCGCAAAUUUCCAGACCGACCCCAAGUUUCGACUGCCCUCCAAGAAGCACACCAAGACCAAGCUUGAUCCCCGAUUCGCGCGCAUAAAGAGCGACCCGGACUUUUACAACAAGGCCAAGGUCGACAAGUAUGGUCGCAAGAUAUCAGAAGACGCGGGCAAGAAGGUUGUCGAGAGGUUGUAUAAAAUAGAUAGCGAUGGCGACGACGACGACGAUGAACCCGAGCGCCCUGCCGGCAAGAAGCGGGACCAGGCUGUUCUGAAGGAAAUGAAGCGGGUUGAGCAGCAAGGCUUUGACCCAAUUCGGGACGGUGGGCUUGAAUCGUCGUCCGACGAAAGUUCUAGCGACGAAGAGGAAGAAGCAGACAUCUACGAGCAGGCUGAGCUCGCUGGUGAGGGCAAUGAGGUUCCGACUGGUGACAUCUCGGCACGUCUGGCUGCAGUCAACAUGGAUUGGGACAACAUCCGUGCCAUCGAUAUCAUGGCUGUCGCAAACUCUUUCGUUCCAGCUGACGGAAGAAUCCUUAACGUCGUCAUAUACCCCAGCGAGUUUGGUAUGGAGCGUCUGCAACGAGAGGAAAUCGAAGGUCCGCCCCGGGAGAUUUUCGCCUCGACCGCGAACAAGGACAAGGACAAUAUCGGCAUGUCUGACAAUGAUUCUGAUGCCUCGGAUACGGACGAAGAGGGCCAGUCAAAGGCUGUCUUGCAAGAAGAAGAAACUGGGGAAGAGUUCGAUUCGACCAAGCUGAGGGCUUACCAACUCGACCGACUACGAUACUACUACGCUAUCAUCACAUGCUCUUCUGCCAACGUUGCAAAGUCCAUCUACGAUAAUCUCGAUGGCAGGGAGUACUUGACAAGCGCAAACUUCUUCGACCUACGAUUCGUUCCCGAUGGUACCACUUUCGACCAAGAUCCCCACGAUGAAUGCUCCAAGCUACCCGAUGGCUACAAGCCGAAUGAGUUCUCAACGGACGCGCUUACUCACUCAAAGGUUAAGCUGACCUGGGAUGCUGACGACGCCACGAGGAAGGAAGUACAGAAGCGCGCUUUCUCGCGCAAGGAAAUCGACGAAAAUGAACUGCAAGCGUAUUUGGGCACGGAUUCCUCAUCCUCUGAAGACGAAGAGGAGGCUGCAAAGGCAGACAAGGCAGCGAGUCUCAGAGCAGCGUUAGGUCUUGAGGCACCUGGCAAGACCUCCAAAUCGAAGAAGAAGGCUUCCGCAAAGAAUGACCGCGACUUUCCAAAGCCUGACAGUGAGAUGCAAAUCACUUUUACUGGAGGCUUGUCUAAGGAGAGCGGUAGUGGUGGUGUAUUUGAGAACGAUAUUCCUGUGCAAGAGACGACAAUGGAGAAGUACAUACGGAAGGAGAGGGAGAGGAAAGCGAAGCGCAAGGAGAGGUGGGCUGCUAGGAAAGCUGGCAGAGAUCCUGACGCUCCUGCUGAACAGGAGGCCACCAAGCCAGCGGAUGCGAAUGAGGAUGACCCAUUCAACGAUCCAUUCUUUGCCUCUGAUCCCGAAGAAGCUGCUAAGGCCUCAAAGCAGGAGGCUAAGAAAGCUAAGAAGGCCAAGAAGGCAGAGCAGGAGCUUCAAGACCAGGCAGCUGCAGCAGAACGUGCGAAUUUGGAGCUGCUCAUGGCCGAUGAGGACGAUUCCAAGAUGCGCCACUUUGACAUGAACGAAAUUGUCAAAUCAGAGAAGGCUAAGAAGAAGGGAAAGAAGGCCAAAAAGAAUGCCCAAGUGGUGGAAGACAACUUCAAAAUCAACACCACUGACCCACGUUUCGCGAAGUUGUACGAGAGUCAUGAGUUUGCUAUCGAUCCCACGAAUCCUCGGUUCAAGGAGACUGCAGGUAUGAAGGCACUGCUAGAAGAAGGCCGGAAGAAACGAAAGCAAGGAAAGGACGAAGACGAGACAGAAGCGGAACGGGGUAGUAAAAAGUCAAAGCAAGAUACGGCGGAUGAACAGGAGGACAUCAAGAAACUAGCUGCUCGGGUCAAGGCGAAAAGCAAGCAGAAGUAA